CAGGCAGUGGCACAGCUCUGCACAUAUGAACAACAGCACAAUCCAUCUAUAUAUACAUCCAGCUCCUAUCUUCACUCCACUUAUCAUCAUCAUCAUCACCACCAAAUGCUAUAACAGCAACAUCAUGGACAUCCAGUGACAAAAACCCAUCACCCCACCCCCUUCAUACUACAAUUCUUCCACGAUUUCCCUUCUCCAAUUCCUCAUCCACACACACACUCCUCUCCAAUCCCAUGGUUUCCCUCUCCCCAAGAUGUCUUCUCAUCAGAGUCCAGACCUCCAUUUCUCCCUCCCAAGGUGGUUUGGAUUAUUCCGCCGAGACUCCGACGACGCCGACGACACCCGCUUCUCCACCUUCGGCGAGUGCUACGCCUGCACUCAGGUCGGUGUCCCGGCUUUCCACUCCACCAGCUGCGACAAGGCACACCAGCCGGAGUGGGAGGCCUCCGCCGGUUCUUCCUUGCUCCCCAUAAAAAACCGCCCAGGACCCAAGAACCGAACCUCCUUUCGCUCCCGCGUGUUGGACCCUCGGAGCAAGCGCGUCCAGAGGUGGAAUCGGGCGCUAUUGCUCGCGCGUGGGAUGGCGUUGGCCGUCGACCCACUUUUCUUCUACGCGCUGUCAAUUGGCCGCGGCGGCUCGCCGUGCUUGUACAUGGACGGGGGGCUGGCGGCGGUGGUGACGGUGCUUCGGACUUGCGUGGACGCCGUGCACCUAUGCCACCUGUGGCUGCAGUUCCGGCUGGCGUACGUGUCGAGGGAGUCGCUGGUCGUGGGGUGCGGGAAACUCGUGUGGGACACGCGUGCGAUUGCUGCUCAUUAUUUGCGGUCGGUCAAGGGGUUCUGGUUUGAUGCUUUCGUGAUACUUCCCAUACCUCAGGCAGUAUUUUGGUUGGUGGUGCCACGACUGAUAAAAGAGGAGCAGAUAAAGCUGAUAAUGACGAUUCUACUGCUCAUCUUCUUGUUCCAGUUCCUACCUAAGGUCUAUCACAGCAUAUGCUUAAUGAGAAAAAUGCAGAAGGUGACCGGCUAUAUCUUCGGCACCAUUUGGUGGGGUUUCGGCCUUAAUCUCAUAGCAUACUUCAUUGCUUCUCAUGUUGCCGGUGGUUGCUGGUACGUUCUUGCCAUAAACCGUGUCGCGUCGUGCCUGAAGCAGCAGUGUGUGAGGAGCGGGACUUGCAAUCUGUCAUUAUCAUGCUCGGAGGAGGUUUGUUAUCAGUUUUUACUGCCGUCCGGGACGUUGAACAAUCCAUGUGGUGGUAACUCGACGGUUGUGCUUAGGAAGCCGUUGUGUUUGGAUGUCAAUGGACCAUUUCGUUAUGGAAUCUAUAAGUGGGCUCUUCCUGUUGUGUCCAGCAAUUCUGUUGCUGUCAAGAUUCUGUACCCCAUUUUCUGGGGACUGAUGACUCUGAGCACUUUCGGCAACGACUUGGAGCCAACGAGUCACUGGUUGGAAGUGAUGUUCAGUAUAUGCACUGUGCUCAGUGGUCUAAUGUUAUUCACUCUGUUAAUUGGUAACAUUCAGGUAUUUCUGCACUCGGUCAUGGCGAGGAAGAGGAAAAUGCAACUGCGGUGCAGGGACAUGGAGUGGUGGAUGAGGCGGAGGCAAUUGCCGUCUCAACUGAGACAAAGAGUUCGCCGUUAUGAACGCCAAAGAUGGGCAGUUAUGGGCGGUGACGACGAGAUGGAACUGAUUCAAGACUUGCCUGAAGGACUUAGGCGGGACAUUAAACGCUUUCUUUGCCUCGACCUCAUUAGAAAGGUAGCUCUGUUCCACAGCUUGGACGACCUCAUCCUCGACAACAUAUGCGACCGUGUGAAGCCCCUCGUUUUCUCCAAAGACGAAAAGAUAAUACGAGAAGGUGACCCUGUGCCGCGGAUUAUAUUCAUCAUGCGUGGCAGUGUGAAGAGCAGCCAAAACCUCAGCAGAGGGAUAGUAGCAACGAACAUACUGAAGCCUGGUGGCUUCUUUGGGGAUGAACUCCUCUCUUGGUGCCUUCGCCGCCCUUUUAUAGACAGACUUCCAGCUUCUUCUGCCACAUUUACCUGCAUUGAGUUGACAGAAGCGUUUGCCCUAAAAGCAAACGAUCUCAGGUACAUAACAGAGCAUUUCCGCUACAAAUUUGCAAACGAGAGGCUUAGACGCACUGCCAGGUACUAUUCAUCCAACUGGAGGACUUGGGCUGCUGUUAACAUCCAAUUGGCUUGGCGGCGAUAUAUUCUGAGGACGAGACGUGCAGUGAGCUUUCACUCAGAUAAUGGAGAUAGUGAUCGGCGCCUCCGGCAAUAUGCUGCGUUCUUUAUGUCGAUUCGACCCCAUGAUCAUCUUGAAUGAGAACAACUUCUGCAUAUCUUUUACCUCCCGGGCAUUACUAUGAUCUCAACACGUAUUCUUCUGCAUAUCUUUUACCUCCCGGGCAUUACUAUUCUCAGUACGUAUUUUUUUAUGAAUUCUUUCAUUGUUGUGAAGAAUUUUAAUGAGUUCCUCUACGUUUCUUUUUAGGGGUAAUUCAAUUCAAGUGGCAUCAGAUGUAUAAAUAUUGAGAAUUUCUUUCAUUUAUGUAAGAAAGUAAUAUUUGAUAA